AUGAAAAUCUUGACUGUUGUGCUAUUGCCCGUCCUUGUCAAUCCUAGUAGUUCAACCGCAAUCAACAUGUGUAGCACCAUCCCUGCAAUCAACAUAUGUGCACUGUCCCCGGUCAACCCGGGUAUUUCAGCUGCAUUCAUCACUCCUCCUGGGAAUCUGAGACUAUAUGUACCAAUAGCAUCUCUAUCAUACUUAGUAAAAGAGGUAGCCUUCUCCUGGUGCAUUGCACUGCCCCAAGACCGUCUGUGCUCGCCCGAUGAGGCAUUUUUACUAUUGAUCCGGAUCAUCGAUACCCGCUAUCUUACCUCCUCGGGGGGGCCUCGUCUACUUCGAGCCCGCAGUGCACUCUCUCUUGUGCUCCGAAUCAUUGGACUGGUCGUUGCCGCCAGGGCUAGGGGUCUGACGCCGGCCUUGCGAAUUGGUCAUAUAGCGGUCAGCCAGUCAGAAGUUAGACUUUCGCACAGUCAGCGAGCAGGAUUGGAAUUUAGCGGAGGAGACAGAAAUGCCAAGAGUGGGUCAUUUAAAUCUAUGUGUGAAACUGGGCACAGCCUCUAUCUCCCUGCAUCGAGUGAGAUACCCGGGCGACUAUUGGGGAUCGUGUUGCGAUACUGGGAGGAUGAAGAGACUUUUCGACGGAGUUGGUCUGUUUACCCUGCUGAAGAUUAUCCUUAUAGGAGGGGGUCGUUUAUCACUAAAGGAGAUGAAUUGGCAACUUGA